AUGACGAGCUGUGGUGGAGUUGUGAACGGCGGCGCCGCGGCCGCGGGACCUGAACUCAGCCCGUUCGCGUGCCCGUCCUGCGAGGGCGUGCUCGUGUCGCCGGUGACGCUGGCGUGCGGACACAGCCUGUGCCGCGUGUGCACGGUGCGGGAGGCGGGCCGGCCGUGCCGGCGCUGCGGCCUGCGCCUGCCCGCCCCCGCCGCCCCCAGGGACGCGAACGUGAACGUGAACGUGCUCGUGCAGGCGCUCACCGAAAAGUGGUGGCCCGCCGAGCUGGCGGCGGCGCGGCUCCGCGACCAGGGCAACCAGCUGUUCGCGCGGAAAGACGUCGCCGCCGCCCUGCGCAAGUACGACGACGCCCUCGUCAUCGCGCCGCACAACCACCUGGUGCUGAGCAACAGGUCGCACGCGCUGCUGCGGCUGCACCGGCUGCCCGAGGCGCUGGCCGAUGCGGACGCCGUCGUCAGGCUGCGGCCGUCCUGGCCCAAGGGCCACUACCGGCGGGGCGCGGCGCUGUCGGCGCUGGGCCGGCACGAGGAGGCGCUGCUGUCGCUGUGCGCAUGCGCGGCGCUGGAGGGCAGCGCGGCCGGCGUGCGGCGGGAGGCGACGCGGUCGCUCGGCUACGUUCUGUUGCUGUCCGCUGCGCACGCGCACUUGCCGCACUUUCCGCUGGGGGGGUUCCCGGUCCGACAGCUGAAGAUGGAGGGCAGCCUGCAGGCACGGUGCCAGGCGCAGCCGCGGCGCACGGCGCAGACCCACCAGCACCCGGCCUCCUCGGACUGCGAGGACUCCUCCUCUGGGGAGGAAGAUGACUCUUGCCAGCCUGCACAACAGUUCUCUUCUGGCACUAUGGUGUUCUUGCAAGAAAACAGCAUUGUAAAUAAAUUAACUCAUAAGGUCUUCAAUCAAAUCGAGAAACUGAAACGUUCUGAAGUGCAUGGCAGUGCAGACCUCAGUGUGGACCAGCAGUUAGUGGAACCAGCCGAAUUUGAAUGUGUGCUCUGCUGCCGGAUUCUGUGGCAACCUGUUACCACACCAUGUGGCCACACAUACUGUUGGAUGUGUCUGGACAGGUGUCUGGACUAUAGCUGUGCAUGCCCACUCUGUAUGACAUCGCUCGCUGAUUAUUUGGCAACAAGUCCACGCAGUAUCACGGAAUUUGUCGAGUGUGCUCUACGUCUUCUGCUGCCUGCUGAGUAUGCAGCACGGCAGGCUCUUCAUCGCCAGGAGUUGGUUGGAGGAGGACCCCAUGUGCCUGUUUUUGUGUGCACUACAGCAUUUCCGUGUGUGCCGUGCCCUCUGUAUGUGUACGAACCGCGAUAUCGUGUGAUGGUGCGACGUUGUGUCGAUUCAGGAUCGCGGCAGUUUGGUAUUGCAGCUUGUCUUCACAAAGAUGCAGGCAGAGAUAGGUAUGCAGAAUAUGGUACAAUGUUAGAAAUUAGAGACUGGAUUCUCCUUAAGGAUGGAUGCUCCAUCUUGACAACUGUCGGUAUGCGUCGCUUUCGUGUGUUGGCCCGAGGAGAGCGUGAUGGUUAUGAUACUGCACAAGUAGAGUUUCUACGAGACCAGCCUGUGAUGCCAGAACAUCUUGGCAGGUUGCAAGAACUGCAUGAGCGAGUGCAUCAGAAAGGACAACAGUGGUUUGCAGCAAUGCCACCCCAGGUGCAGGCAGAAAUUAUACGCACAUUUGGCCACAUGCCUGUUGUUGAGGAGGACUGGCCCACUCUAGCUGAUGGACCUGCCUGGCCAUGGUGGCUGCUAGCAAUACUGCCAUUAGGACAGCAUCUGCAGGUAGGUAUCUUGUCAACAACAAGCCUCGAGAAGCGACUUCGGGCAAUAGACAAGACACUAGACCAAGUGCAGCUGAGAAUGGUGAAUGUUGCAGGACCAAGUGCAUCUCAGAUAUCAACUGAAAGGGUUCCUAAUGGAAGCCAUCAACAACAUUAUAGUUAUCAACAGCAACAGCAGCAACAAUUGCAACAACAGCAGUUACAGCUUUUGCAGCAGCAGCAACAGCAGCAGCAGCAACAACAACAACAACAACAACAACAACAACAGCAACAGCAACAACACCAGCAUCUACAGCAGCAGCAGUAUCCACAUCAGCGUCAGCAACUACUCAUUCAACAACAACCACAACAGCAAUCAAACAGUGGACAAUCACAACCACCUCACCCUAUGUCAAUGCCAUCAUCUGUAUGGCAACCACAACCAAUGGUGGUAGAGCCAUCUUGACCCUGUGAUGUUUUGCCACCACCUUCAGAAAACUGCAUUCAGCACUUCAGUAAUCUGUACUAGUCUGUUGUACUUUCAUGUGCAAGCUGUGCAGACUGAACUAUCUAAGCAUCCCAAAUUGCAAAAAAAAAGAUAUUUAAGAUGUUCUUCCCUUUAUUCUGUGUGUGCGUUUUGUAAACAUAAAAGUCUUAUUCACAGUGUCCACUUUAAGAAAUAUAUUUAAAGUAACUAUGAUAAACAUUCCAUUUUGUUUGGAUGAUGUACAGUAUCAAAGUUAAUACUUCAUCCCUAAAUAUUAGCUUAAUGAAAACUAGAUAACUGUAUCACUUAAAAAAGAUAUUUCCAAAGAUUGGUAGGGAGUAUAUUAGAAAUUGUGAAAUUAUUUCAGACUUACUCCUGCAGUUUUCUGCAGUAUACCGACAGAAUAAGGUAACUAUAUUCAUUUAUAGGCUUCCUAAAGGCAAAGAAGAAUAAAAAGGAAUAUGAGAUGUAUUUUAUAUCAGUCUCCAGAUACUGUGUUAGGUAUUGUUUAUCAGUCACAAUUUCUCAGUGUGUUAGGUACAAACAAGAGAAGAGUAAAAUAUCUAAUUUCUUGAAUGAAUUUAUCUCUCUUUCUCAGUUUUUGGCAAAAAGAUUUUCAUGGUUGUUCUUAUUAACUUUUAAGGACUGUUAAGAUAAUCAUAACAGAAGAUAAAGUUCACCUACUGUGAUGACCUGUUAGCUCUCCUAUUUGCAUGGCUUGUAUAUAAAAAUCUGGACUACUUUUGACAACUACAGUGUCACUGAAAUUCUGUUCUGUAGUCAAAUUAGGUCUCCCUUGAGUUUUCACUAAGCAUCAUCUCUUAUUAGCUAACAUGAAGUUAUUAUUUCCUUGCAAAUUCCAUUACAUGUUAUAGUUCUAUGCCAUUCAUAAAGUCGCCUUUCUUAUCGUGUUAAGUGUUUCUUGAUUGUUUUACUAAUUUUUUCGUCACUGUAUAUCCCAUAUGAUUUUCUUUCGAUAUUAUCUAUACAGGUCUGACAAAUUCUGCUGUCUCACUCUAAUUAAUUUGCUUUUUGCUCUGUGUGUGUUUGCCGUAUGCCUAACAUGAAUUUCACAAAAUAUCAUUUGGACUGAGUAAUAAAGUAUGUAACACAAAACGAACAUAUACAAUAAAAUGUGAGUGGAUUUAUGCAUUAAAAUACUGUAAAUUAAUGCCAUUUUACAUUGCUUGAACAUUCCUCUUAUACUAUUUUUCUGAUUUUAAUUAGUGUUAAUUCUUAGCAUGUUGAAAAUUUCUUGGGUUAUGGUAUAAUAUUGUGUGUCAGUUUUCCUCAACUGAGUAAAAGGUCUUCUGUAUCCUUAAUUCACUGUCAUACAUAAUCUUCUACUUGUAAAUAGAUGUGCUUGCAUGUGAACAACUGACAACUCUCACUACAAUCCACAAAAAUAAUCUAUUUUCCACCUAUAGCAUAUAAGAUGGAACUUGUUUCUGUCAUUUACACAGAUCAAAUAACUUCUAUUUUCUAUAUUGUUUUUCACUCAGGGUCAUAUUUUCAUAUGGCAGCUCCUUGCUCUUGUGUAAAUCAAUUGAGAAGAGUAUUUAAAAGCAGCAGUUAUGAAAUAAUAAUAUCAUUUCAUAUGCAGAUUGAAGCGUUUUGCUCUUCAAACAAUGAAAUACCUAAAUUAUAUCAUUAUUAUACACAGGUUGGUUUUGGUAAUGCUUUUGCUGUUUAAUUGAAACAGCUUGCCUACAGUCAUUGGAUGCGUUGGGUAUUGUCUUGUUCUUGAUGACAAUGUUGACUCAUAGCAAAAAGCAUUAAAGAUCUGAGUAAUGGAAAACCAGAAAGUAUUAAAACAGAUGUCCAUAGAAACGAAUAUAAAACAAUAAAGGAAAGGAGCUUACAUGCAAGUGUGAUUUAUGAUUUGUCAGUUUGCUCAACAGCACAUUGACUGGCACAGUGAGUUGUUUUUGGGAAUGUCUUUCUAAAAAAUCAUUCUUUUUUCUAUAAUACAAAGUGACAGUGCUCUUGAGAAUAUAAAAGUUAAUAGUUAGCAAAUACUCUUACUCCCAGGCAUACAUUAUGGAAUAAUCAGGUCUUUGAUACAAAAUUUGCAUGUGCCAAAACUGAAACUAAACUCAGUGACAAAAAUAAAACAUAGUCAGAAAGAACAUCUAUAGUAACUAGUUAUAAAUGUAAGCAGGAUAAAGCUACAAAGAUUUUACUAAUUAAUGUUGUAUACUUUGCAAAAUGGAAGUGUUAAAGAAUACAGAAACUGUUUCCUGUCAGUGUUAAUUUGUGUAGAGAUUUCCUAUAUCACAUGUUACAGAAUAGACAGUAAGAGUAUGAAAAGACUGAUUAGAUAUAAGGUUAUUUAAUUAUGAGAGAUUACUACUGGUACUGUGAGACUUACUUAACUAACACUAUUUUUCUGUGUGCAAGAAAAUUGGCAUACAUAUUACGUCAAAAUAAUUGGCUGACUGAUCUUUGAAAAGAAGAUGGAACUGCUAGUUUUCUGUAGUAAUCUUUACAAGCAUUUAGUCCAGUAUGGAAAUGGGUCUUUCAUCAUAAUAAAUUAAAUACACCUGAAAAUGCUAUGCACAUUGACAUUGUUACCAAAAUGAGGUACUAUAAUGUUGGCAAAAUGAUUAGCUACAUAUGCAUCAUUGUUGCCGUUUAAAUGUAAGAGUCAUAUAUUUUUCCACUUUUCUCAUAAUGACAUACUGGACAGAUUAUUUUGCAGUUCUUGAUACCUGCAUUUUUUAAAUGUCCAGAGCCCUAAAAUAUGUAUAUUGUAUUUACACUGCUUUCCCAUAUUUUUAAAAAUUAUUUUCUAAAAAUUAUUUAUCUCUAUGGGUUCUUCUGUUGUCACAUCUUCCAAAUUCAUUUCUUUAAAUCCCUAUACCCCCCUCCUCCACCCUUUUAAAGAAAACUGUCAAAUUUAUAACAUACUACUACACUAUUUUUUGUUUCUUUCUUUUGUGUGGUUAGCCUUACAACUGUCACUGCAAAAUAUUUUGCAGAGUGUAAGAUUCUGUCCUUCAAAAAAAGCUGCCUAGAUCAGCCUAAGUAUUCUAAAACCAUGAUAUAUUUGUAUUAUCACAGUGGCACAACAUCAGUUGAGUGAAUGAUUUCAUAGACAUUCAUUGACUCAAUUGUCUUCACAUUAAAGUAUUUAUAUAGUUUGUUCAUAUGUAAUUGUUUGUGUCUGUGGGUGUGAAAAUGUAUUUAUAUAACAACAAGUGAAUGUUGAAACACACAUUGUGAUAUUAU